CGCGGAGUGCGAUGGGUCUGAUCUCACACCCGCACGCCAGCCUGAUGCGUGCAAACGGGCAAACCUCGAGCCGAGAUAAGAGAGAGGAGAAGCAGGAGUAGGAAUGAACACGACCGUGCUAUUCUAUCUCAGCACUGUGGACCGGUAAAUGCUCUCAGGCCAAUCUUUAACCACCAUGCUCUAUUUCCAGCUGGUGAUCAUGGCGGGGACGGUCAUGCUGGCCUACUACUUCGAGUACACGGACACCUUCAACGUGCACGUGCAGGGCUUCUUCUGCUACGAUAGCGCGUACACGAAGCCGUACCUGGGACCGGAGGAUGCGAGCGCCGUCCCGCCCGCGCUGCUCUACACCGUGGUGGCCGGUGUGCCCACACUCGUGAUAACAGUGACAGAAGCUGUGCUGUUCCUGAUGCAAUAUACAUCAAAAGAUCUGGAUAGUCGAAAGAAGACCAUUGCAACUGGGGACUGCUGUUACCUCAACCCACUGGUGCGCAGGACUUGUCGCUUUUUGGGUGUAUACAUGUUUGGCCUCUUCGCUACCGACAUCUUUGUGAACGCGGGUCAGGUGGUGACAGGAAACCUGGCCCCUCACUUCCUGACUGUGUGUAAACCCAACUACACAGCACUGGGCUGCCAGCAGGCCUUACGCUACAUCAGCCACCAGGAGGCCUGCACCGGCAACGGGGAGGACAUCCUGCAUGCCCGCAAAACCUUUCCCUCCAAAGAGGCAGCACUCAGCAUUUACGCCGCACUUUAUCUGGCUAUGUACAUCACUUGCUCAGUGAAAGCCAAUGGGACUAGGUUGGCUAAGCCAGUUAUGUCUCUGGGGCUGAUGUGUCUGGCCUUCCUGACCGGGAUCAACAGGGUGGCAGAAUACCGCAACCACUGGUCUGAUGUAAUCGCUGGCUUUAUCAUCGGAGUGGCCAUUGCCACCUUUCUGGUUGUGUGUGUGGUCCAUAAUUUCAAAGGAAGCCAGAUGUUAAGUGAAGACCCCCAGCAGGAGGACAUGAUGGGCUCGCCCAGGGUGGAGAGUCCCCUUGAAAAAUACAUCGCCUCGCAGAUGGCUGAGCUAAGAGCGGAAGAGGAGGCGCUGACACCCCGCUCUCUGAAAACACGCCUCCUAAGCUUCUUUGAAUGGAUCGCAGGCAAAAGAAACCACUUCAACCACCUGCAGAGCACAAGGCAAUAAUAAACAAUCACAUCGCCUUCGAUGAAGUCACAUGACCUUGAGUCAGCAGUGUGGCAGACGCAUUGGACAUCCACACUCUUUACCGUGCAGUCGUCAUAGUCAUGGUGCACACUACCCGCGCAAGUCAUAUCCUCAGUGGUGGUGUUUUGGAUCACACUCCCCAACAACUUAUAUAUAUGUACUGCUGUUUGCACAAGGUACCCCCUUACUACCACACCCAUUCCCCUUCUGGUUCGUGUUGUUUGAUAGUGAGCCAUGACAACUGGAACUCGGUUCAACCCAGGAGUCACUGUGUGUAGCUGGAGAGACUGCACCUGUGUAAGACAACCAGAAUUUGCUACUUAUGAGAUUUAAGAAGAUAUGAACUUAUUGCUGUUGAUGUGUAUAUUUUCUUCUUAUUUUUCACACUGUAUCAUAUGUAUAAUACAUUGUGCUAUAAUGUUUGUCAAUAUAUAUGUGACAUAACAUUUAAUUCUUUCAGUUAAAAGUUGCCCAUGCCUAAAUCUGUUUAAGAAGUGCACUUUAAUUAGUAAAUUCAAGGAAUCUCAUGACAUGGCACCAAAACAGAGGUUAUGAACCUCAGAUUCUGCUGAUACAGUCGCAACAUAAGUCCGUGUUGAAGUCUUAUGGAGCCUGGUACGAGCUCCUGGGCUGAUGUGCAUCCUCCUGUCCUUCAUUCUGCUGUGUGAAGAAUGGAUCAGUUGUGUAGACAAUCACCACUGCUCUUUUAGAAGCCUUCCUGGAAAAUUUACUAAAUCAAAGUUUUACAUAAGUGCAGAGCUUGAGUCAAUGUUCACAUUAAACAUCAGAUUGGGGAAAACGUAAUCUCAGUGUUUGUGCCAGAGGGGCAUGUUUGAGAAUUUUAGAAACAGUUGAUUCAGUUCAGACAUCACAGUGGCAGGGUGAUCUAGGAUCCUGACCCUGGGAUAUCCACGCACAACAGUUUCAAUAGUUGCAAAGAAUGAUUGAAAAAAGCAAAAAUAAAUAAAUAAAUAAAAUAAAAUAAAAAAUGAGGAAAAUAAAAGCAGUUGAGAGAAGAAUAGACAGACUGGUUUGAGCUGACAGGAAGGCUCUGGUAACUGAAAUAAGCACUCUUUACAACAAAGCUGAGAAGAAAAGCAUUUCAGAAAACACCAUACAUCAAACCAUGAACUGGUCCUCUUUCAUCAGCAAGUUUCCAACUCCAGAACUGAAUGAUAUUUUAUAUUCUCUUGUGUGAAAAUCCCAAGAUCAGGUAACCUGGAUCACAUUUCCCCCAUUCUAAUGAUGGCAGACUGGAUAAUUGAAUGAAAGAGCAGGUGUAUAGUUGCUACUAUUAAAGUGGCCGAUGAGUGUUCGUCACUUAACACAUAACAAUACUUGAACCAGUCGUUUAGGUAAGACCAUUAUGCUGAAAGCUGAUUCUCUUUCUCUCAGGCCUGUGUUAUUUUUAAACUCUUAUUUUUGUUUCUUGUUUUCUUUUUUUUUUUCUAAUUUCAGUAAUUGGCAUGUAAUAGUUCAGUUACGUCUGGAGAGAUGCCAUAGAUGACACCUGUAACAUGAAAAUCAAACCGAGAUACCUCAGAUGCAAUUAAUUAAAUGACCAGAUGUUUAAAUCUUUAUCAAUCUAAUCUAAAAUACAAAGUGGAAGCAGCAGAAUUGAAUUGCAGUAGAAUAUCUGAGCUGUCAAAUAGUGACACCACUACAGUAGCCACUGGAAGAUUAGCAUCCAGUUGCGUUGCCAGUUCCAGUCGCCCGCUGCUUGCUCAUGUGACCAGUUCAUGGAAGAGCAAUAA